CGUCAGCGGCAGAAAAAGUUUUUCAGGAAGCCGCUCUGACAAAACGAAACUGUCACAACUUUGACAGGGACGACUUCUCCCGCUAAUCUUUAAAUCUUCUAUAACAAAGUUGCUUCGGGGGGGGGGGUUGACCAGAAACAAAAUGCAGGGCAGUGCUUACGGGGCCUCGCUGGCUGGCGGUGCUUUCGACGCGGUGACUUUCGUGAAACAGCCUCAAACCAUUUUGCGCUGCCUGAGCUGGGUGUUCUCCAUCGUGGUCUUUGCCACCAUCACAGGAGAAGGCUACAUUAACUCUGUGACGGGAGAUGAAACCAAAUGCAUGUUCAACGAGAAUGACAGCGCCUGCAACUACGGGGUCGGGAUCGGAGUCCUGGCCUUCCUGGCUUGUGUCGUCUUCCUCAUACUGGAUGCCUACUUCCCACAGAUUAGCAAUGCCAAGGAGAGAAAACUUAUUGUUAUGGGAGAUUUGAUCUUCUCAGGGGCUUGGACGUUCCUGUGGUUCGUCUGCGCCUGUCUGCUGGCCAACCAGUGGUCCAAAACCACCGCCACAAUUGCCAUCCCCCAGGACGCUGCCCGAGCCGUCGUGACCUUCUCUUUCUUCUCCAUCGCCACUUGGGGUCUGUCGUUUUACUUUGCGCUCGGAAGGUACCUCGAGGGCGUCAGCGACUUCGACCAGGGGUACAGGGACCCCGCCAACGACCAGAGCACGCCAUACCCGCCGUCUCCGUACGCCAGCAGCAGCGGGCCGACGGGAUACCAGCAGUCGCCUUUCUCCAACAACCAGGAGCAGCCGGGAGAGUACCAGCCUCCAGCUUAUUGAAGUCCGACAGGGGAGUUUGCUUUUUUUUUUUUUAAUAAACGUGUGCCAACGACUUCAUCCACAACUCUGUUCUCUGCAUUCCCUUCAACCCUGUGCAGGACGUGUUUGCAUUUAAUUUGGCUGCACUGAUGUGGUCUUACUUCAUAAUGUUGUAAGUUGUGUGGUGACGAUUUGCUGCGCUGUUUAUAGUGCCACACAGAGCGGGGGAACUCUGGAGAUGAUAUAAUAUGUUGUUAUUUUUGGAUAGAUUCAAAUGUCAUGGACAGACAUUGUUGUCAUUGUACCGAACCAGCUAAAGUUCUUCUUGUGCCCCUUUUUUGUUUUAGGUCAUGAGUGCAAAGCUGUUUACUUCUAAGCACUAAUCACUAGUCGAGCAUCACAGAGAUGCCGGGGUGUUUGCUUUUUAUUUUAAAGAUGAACAGCAGCCUUAUCUUCGAAUGUUACUGUCGACUACAUACAUUUUUAAUUACUGACACUCAUUGGCUCAACUAUAAUUUACUGAUAGAGUUCAGUAGAUUUGUUCCUUAAUCAACAAUUGCAUUGAAAUGUGCCCUCUACAACUACUGUAAUGCCAUGCUCCUUUCUUAAUUAUCAACCACUGAAAAUGGCUUUCAUGCACUGAAAAGCUCAGUUAAUUUCUUUAUGGCAGUUCGUUGCCAUUAUCUGAUCGAAGAUUGUCAAUUUUUAUUUAUGCUUCUAAAUCAAUUCUGCCAGUUAUUAUUUAGUAUUCGUAUUUAAAGCUAUUUUUAAAGGUAGCAAAACAAUUGAUUUGUAUCAGCUACCUCUUUAGAAGUUUAAAGUCCUCUCCUUUAAGUUCACUUAUAGGUCAUCUAAGUAUCUAAUUCAGCAAAUUUUCCAGCCAUGAAUAGGUUUAGAAACAAUUUGUUGUUUCUAAAUAAUAGAUUUCAGGAAUUCAGUGAUGUUGUGGUAAAUUGGUAUAUUUAUUAUUUUUCUCAAUCCUUUAUUCAGGCUAGAUGACAAUCAAACCAUAUUUGUUUCUAAAUGACAUUAUGCUCUUGCUUCUCGUACACUGUAGUUUUGCAUGUGUUGCAGGUUCGCUGCUCAGUGGCUUUACAAUAACUCCCCAAUGCCUUUGUACAGUAUUCUGUAUCACACAGGUUUUGCCAAAUAAAAACUGAUGUUGUUUUA